UCGAACUUGAUGGAUGUCUGUGAUCUGAACACUCGGAGUCUUCGCAUCUCUUGAACUAUUCCCAGUUAUCUUCUUCUUUCGUAAAUAAAGAUAUACCAGUCAAAAUCCAUGUCUCAUGUUUAUAUCAUGAGGUAAACCGAAUAGAUCCGAGGUUUGCAAUUCUAGUCUUGAUAUCAUCGAUCUAAUGCUCACCCAUGCAUCUGCAUCCAUCCCAUGGCUCCUCGGACUCGAGAUAUUAUGAUUCCUAUAUACUUCUAAAGUAUUCAAAGCAAGAUAUACGCAUCGGGGUCUGUCUUACCGUUGCUCCCGCCAGUUAGCAAACAUAUCAGCCAACAUAGCAACCACAAAUGCCGCUCCCUUAUGAGUCGCUAUGGCCUGCGAUGAAGCCGGGUAUGAUUACAAAGUAGCCGUGGAACAAGUCCUCCAAAAUGACACCCUUGUCAAAUCCAUCACCGAUAAGACGUUUAUUCUCAUCUCGCCGCCGAGGCUGCUCUCCUGGUCCGCGGAUAAAUCCGUACCGGAAUGGAUGUGGUCAUUGCCGCGAGCAAGGUUCCUUCCUGGUGUUUGGGCUGUGACGGCGCAUGAUUCAUUAAGUCGAACGGGCGAUUCUGAGCAAUAAUGCACAGGUGUUGUGUUUCAGACAGAGGAUAAUUGGUGUAGAAUUGGCAAAGACGCUGGCUUUACAGUGGCUGCGCUAUCAGUUUGAUCUCAAAUCUGCCAGCGGGCAGAAAAUAUCUAUUAUCCAUGUUGGGGAGUUCUUGACUUGGUAUGGUUAGCAAAUAAUGAAUUAACACUUAUCCCAUC